CAGCUGCGCCUGUCCAACCGGCGGACUUCAGCAGGAGGAACUCGGUUCCGAUGGCAGCUGCUGCGAUGGACCCGAACCGGGCCGCGGUGGCGUUCGGCCGGCGCGCCGUCCCGCAGCUGUUCGAGCAGCUGCAGCAGAGAGACGCUCCCGGUAGGCUGCGGGCUCUGACGUCACUCUGCGACCUGGUCCACGAACCGGAGCGGCUCUACCAGACCGUGACCGGAGGGUUCCUCAAACAGCUCCAGGUUCUGCUGAAGGACGAGGAUCCGUCAGUCAGAACCAAAACCUGCGAGCUGCUUCACAUGCUGACCAGCCACAGCAUAGGCAGGCUGGCGCUCCUCUCCUCCUCCCUCCUCCCUCCCCUCUUCGGCCUCCUGGACGACUCCUCGUCCUCCUGCAGGAGAAACGUCCACCUGGUGCUGAACGGCCUCGCCCAGCUGCCUGCAGGAGCUCAGGCUCUGCUGCCGCUGGUCCCUAAGCUGAUGCUGAAGCUCCGGCAGAUGCCAGAGGAGGAGGAGGAGGAGGAGCAGGUGCUGCUCCUCUCCACCCUCAGCUGCUGCUCCAGGCUGGACCCCCUGCCGGCUCUGGCCUCAGACGGCGUUCCGGUUCUGGGCCAAACGCUGACCCGCUGCUCUCCGGACGUCCGCAGAGAGGCGGCGGCGGUUCUGAUGGCGCUCAGCGUCCCUGAAGACGGGAAGCGGCAGGUCUGUGAGGAGCAGUUUGUGCUGGUCCUGAUGGUUCUGCUGCAGGACGGAGACGUGGAGGUUCAGACCAACGCUGCCGGAGUCAUCAUGAACAUCGUCAUCAUCACCACAGGUAAAUAUCUGUGUCUGGAGCUGAACGUGGUCCCUGUCCUUCUCAGCCUGCUGUCUGAGAAGGAGGAGGAGGAGCAGAGGAAGAGGAGGAAGACGCUGGUCAUCUACUGUCUCAGAGCGCUCACCUCUCUGGCUGAAGCGCCAGAAGGUCGCUCCCUGCUGCGGAACCAGCUCCCCCUGCUGGAGAGGAGGAGCCAGGACCAGGACCAGGACGUCAGGAGGGCGGCUCAGACCGCCAUCAGGGUGGUCACCUGGAGCCCCUGACAGGCCCGGUUCUCUGAUCUGGACCGGGUCCGUUCAGGAGGAGAACCACAAACCUGAGAUUUGUUUUCAUUUUCAUGUAAUAAAACAUGUUUGGGUUCAAUAGAGAGAGCAGAACUAUCUUUACAGGGUUACAACGAACCCAGAUGUUGAUAAUUAUAGGUCAGCAGAACCAGAACCAGACUCUGUUUCCUGCGAGGUAUCACUGUAAGACGAGGGGGCGGAGACUUUUUUUAUUAAAAUUUUAAUAAUUCAGAUGAAUGUCUGAC